AUGUUCUCAUCAAUAUUUGGCAAGCGCAGAUCUCCUGUGGAGGUCGAAGUAGAAGAAGAGACUCCUCCGAUUCCUGGUGCGCGUGCCGAUGAUGGAUUUGUUGUAGUUGACCCUAGUUCGCCUAGGAGCAACUUGUAUCCUAAUGUUGCUGGUGGAGGAUCAUCCACGUACGUGCCGCGACCUGCGCCGCCAGCUCCCACAGCAAGAACAGUUUUGGUCGACCCAACAUUUCAUUACUUGCAAGGAGUACCGUUCGCCAUGUCCAAAACUCUACAAAUGGCAUCGAAAAAGGAUACAUUUGCUACGGAAAUUACAGAUCUUCUUGCAUUCCUGACUAGCAAAGUUAAUAUGAGUGGUUAUGAUUAUGAUUUUAGUGUCGAACGCAGUGUUUUGAAAGAAUGUUAA